AUGUUGCAAACUCAACAAGUGAUCUCAUGUAUCGAGCAGCAAGUGUUACGACUGCUGAGAGAGUUAAUGACUACGGAAGAAAAUGAAGAGUCUUCUCAUUCAUUGGAAUCGCCAAUGGGAUCAACGCCUGAAAUGAAUGAACAAGCAGAGAAGAGAAUAGCCUCCAACCCGGAGCAAGGAAGCAGCAUUCGUGAUCAUGAAAGACAACUGAACGGUCAAUUCGAUGUGAGCAGUCGAGAACAAGAGCUACCACCAUCACGAAUUCUAUUUUCAUUGAAGGAAUUCUUUAAUGCUCAAUCUACCUGCAGAUUUAUUUGUAAACUAAAGUUGAUGCAUCUCAUCCUCCAGCUUUGUAUUUACAACAAAUUCUCUACGAAACGAGACAUGUACUAUUGCAUGAAGCCAUUGAUGAAAAAUCAAGCUCAAUGCAACCAGGUGUUGAAAGAACUUUCUGAAAACUGGCAUGUCCACAGACACGACUUGCAUGUGGUACCACAAUCCAGAGGUGAGGUUUGUGGACAUUUUAGUUUUAUUCAAUGCAAUUUGAAUGACGUUGUGAGCUCGCAUCAUACAGUAUUGAUGCCAAGUUCAACUCGAAGUGUCACCCCUGUGUCAUUGAAAGUCAGUGCGCUUUCCACAUGCUCUAUUCCUUCAAUUCCUCACUUACAGAUUGUUGGCUUUGAAAUUCCUCGAGAAGUGGAUUCGCUACUCAUCGUAGAGAAGGAAUCAGUAUUCCAACAACUCAAGCAAACGCUUGCUGCCAAUGUUGAAUUGCGAAAAUUCAUUCUUAUCACCUCGAAAGGUUAUCCGGACGUACCAACCAGAGACUUUAUUGUCACAUUGGUUAAAUACGUUGCUAAAUAUCAGAGACGAUCUCUAAAGCUUUAUCUAUUCACAGACGGGGAUCCAUAUGGGGCAGAAAUUGCCCAUGUGUACAUUCAUGGAUCAAAGUCUUUCAACAACGAAAAGAAAACCCUAACAUUACUUCAUGUGGACUGUGAAGAGGAGUGUAAAUUUUGGGUAAUGCAAACGUACUUGAACAUUCAAUGGCUUGGAGUUCAUUUGGAAGAGUUUUUACAACGUUGUGACGAAGGAAAUUUAGAAUUGAACCCUUGCUACAAAAACUGUCUGCUUCCCUUAGAUUCUGGUGAUUGUUGCAAAAUUGAUUCUCUUCUCACGACUUUGGGCGAACUCGAGCACUCUUGUUGUGAAACACUAUCUCGUCAGCUUGCUUUCAUGAAAGAAUUUGGAAGCAAGGUGGAAAUUGAAGCAUUGACCUUUGUAGGAGUUGAUUAUUGGACUUAUAUUCUGGCAAAGACCUCAUCAUCAGUUGUCUAA